UAACCAAUUGGGUCUUGAAACCUAAAAGUGCAGAGGCUUAAUCUUCUCCAGCCUGUUUGGCAUUUUGAUUGAUGCUCUCGUGGCUCCAUCCGCCAGACUCGUGUAAGCCAAAGAGGAGGAAGAAAAAAAAGAGAAACGACUGAAGUUCCUUUCUCUCUCUUCCACACACAUACACACUCACACUCACAAACACGCGGACACACACACUGGUAGUCACUGCCUUCAGAUCGGGCCGACUGGAGACUGAGCCGCGCUUCAGUAACCGGCUGAACCCUUACGCGUGGCGGCACGGGAGGAACCGACGUGUCUCCGGGAGCGCGCGCCUCUCCGGACCAUGGAUAAUAUAGGAGCGCAUCUGCAGCACACGCACGUGGACGCCAUCAGCUUCGGGAUCGAUCACAUCCUCAGCAAUGUAGAUCCGAGCAGCUGCAUGAUUUCUAACCCCAGGAUGCAUGACUUAGACUGCGGGCUCGGGGGCAUCGUCAGCACCGCUUACAACACGGUGACGGGACACUACGGUACCGGCAACGGCGGAUACGGCGGCGGCGCGUGCAGCGGCUCAUACGCCAUGAACGCGGGCAUGAACGUUAACGGCAACGUCAACGGCCUUAAUGCGUCGGGGGUGAUCCGCGUGCCGGCUCACCGUCCACUGAACGGCGCGCACGCGACCAUACCUACCAACGGAGCCUCGGCGCACGGGAGCAUGAGCGCUAUCGACAACCUCACAGGAUUAACCUUCCCGUGGAUGGAGAGCAACAGAAGAUACACCAAAGACAGGUUUACAGUGGCCCUCUCACCCUUCACUGUAACACGCCGUAUAGGUCACCCCUACCAGAACCGCACGCCCCCCAAGAAGAAGAAGCCCAGGACGUCGUUCACGCGCCUGCAGAUCUGCGAGCUGGAGAAGCGCUUUCACCGCCAGAAGUACUUGGCUUCCGCAGAGAGAGCGGCUCUGGCCAAGGCACUUAAAAUGACUGAUGCUCAAGUCAAAACAUGGUUCCAGAACAGAAGGACAAAAUGGAGGAGACAGACAGCCGAAGAAAGAGAGGCUGAGCGACAGCAAGCCAACCGCCUCCUGAUGCAGCUCCAGCAAGAAGCCUUUCAAAAGACUCUGAACCAGCCGGUGAGCCCAGACCCCAUCUGCCUGCACAACAGCUCCCUGUUCGCCCUGCACAACCUGCAGCCAUGGACUGAGAACCCCAGCAAGAUCAACAGCGUCUCCAGCUGCGACUAGCCCCACUUUACUUUUUCCCUUCAGCGGUGAACUGACCUCCAGAUAAACACCACAACAGCUCCAACCACACUGGCGAUUAUUUAACAAUGCACAUUUUACUGACUGGGAAUCAAUAAUUUAUUAUUUGCGUUUGCCACACACUUUUUACCACAGAGAUAUGUGGUAAAAUGCACAGCUUCUUAAUAUUUAUUUCCUAACUACCAGAUUCUGAUCUUUACAUUAUUAAGCAUUCUCAUCUGUGCUGCGCGGUUUUCGUAUUUCUUGAUUUUAAAAAUGUUGAGUUUUUCUGAAGUGAGCGUCAGUUACGCAAUUUGGGAUUAACCUCGUACUAAAUUGUUUAUUUUUAGGCUCAGCAGAAAGUAGACAUAUUUAGCCUGGUUUCAAGCACUUAGACUACGACAUCUAAAUCCUCUACUUUGAUACCGUCGGCUGUAUAAUUUAAGAUUUUAUCUGAUUGAUAUUUCCGUCUGUGAACUUUACAUUUCCAAUACAUUUCUAUUAUUACGUGAAAUUUAACGACCAUACGUGAAUUUUCUUGAUACAAAUAUAAAUUUUCAACCGUGUCGCAUUAACCUUUUUCUCAGUGCACCUGUAGACAAAAUUAAUAGCAACCACUAUUUUACAUCAACAUAGAUCUAAGCACCAUAUUUACUUAACCAUUUAACGCCCUCACCAAGUAAAGGAGCAAUACAAUAUACAGAAUAAUGUAGGACAGUAAUAAAACAAGUAGUGUUUUUUCCUUUUAGAAAAAGCCACAGUACAAUUUACAUCUCAACCAAUAUAUCAUUUAUUUAUAUAUUAAAAAAAACCUGGUAAACUAUAUUAUGUGGAAAUAAAUUUAAAUAUUCUACCAAAAGCAAUCAACAUGUGUGAUGAUUUUUGGAUAAAAAAAAUAAAAGACACACUGUCCUCCAGUAGAUUUUUUAUUAACCUAACACAUCUCUGUCAAUUGGUAGAGAAGGUAUAAUGAGGUUUGGUUAAGGUCAUCACUUUCUUUAAUAAGAUAACAUAAUAAUAAAAUAAGAUGUGCUCCACCAAACAGGUAAUCCACAAGUUAAAGGGUUAAAGAAGUUUUUAAUUCUUUACAUUUAAAUCAUGUAAAUAAAAGCAGCCUAUAUUUUAUCUCCAACUGUAAAAGUGAAGCUGUAUCAUUGUCUCCUGUUACUGACUUCUUCAUAAGUGUCUAUGCCCUGUUGCAAUCUCUUCAUUGCUUUUGUCAAGAUUGAGGCUAAUGGUUUAUGUUGCAGAAGAGCUGAAUGGUAACACUGCAGUUGAGUUGGAUACCAAGUAGUUAUGAUGGAUUUCCUCUCAGAGUGAAUGACUGCUUUGGUUGCAUGAUAAAUGUAAGUCCUCCUCAUUGUAUGGGGAGUGCAACAGUCUGGUUGUGAUAUUAACUAUGUGCAGAUGUGAGAGUGUGUCUGAAACUAUCCAGGAGCUCUUUCCAUUACCGCACUAAAGGAAUGUAGGGUUAAGUUUCAUCAGUACUUUCCAAAUAUCAUAUUGUAUUUCACAAGUGUCUGCUUAGAAUUUCCAGAAUUUGAUGAGAUUGGAAGUAAGUUGGUAUUUUCACAAGACCUUAAGCAAGAGAAAAAGUCUUUGAGAUAAAGUGCUUUUAUAUGCUUUUCCAUAUGAAACAAAACCAUUUUGAAUGUUUUAAUUUUGUGCAAUGUACAUUUUAAUCAUUAACCUCAGUAAAAUACUGAGGUUAACUGCUAAUAUAUUUAAAAAUAUAUUCUUACUAUCAAAACGGUGACAUCUACAAACACACACAUGGCACAAGCAUUCUUGAUGUACUUGCAUUUUGAAGCACUUCGUAUACCAAACUUCCAUAUGUUACACCAUUGUUUUAUGUGUUGUUUUGUGAUUUCAGAGUUUUACAACUGUUUUACAUGAAUAAAUGUACAUAGGUUUCAUGAGCACAGGAGAUUCAUUUGUGAUAGUUUUUGUUUCAGUUCAACAUGUGUCUUAACCCUCUCUGGUGUUCUGUAUUCUUCCUCUUUUUUUUUUUGAACAGAUGUAAAUAAGAUUAUUAAUAGAAGAAUAGUAAAUUUUUCAAUAUCCCCAAAGAAAAAACAGGCUAAUAAAUAUUGAGGACAGAAUAAAAUGAGGCCCCAUUAAAAGCACAGUAUAUAGCUUACAUUUGGUACAGAAGGCAUUUGAAGAGUCUUUUGUAUACAUACAUUUUCAUGUAACUGAUGCUAAUAAUACUCAGCAUGCACCCUGUGUCAGAUUUAUUGUUUUUUUUUGUGUAGUUAUACAUUUAAUCAUUAUUCUGUCAUUUAACUGAUAAACUGAUAAAAUGUCCACGAUGAAUAAAUAACAAUUGUUUGCUAUUAA